ACCCUUGCCGCCAUAUUUGAGUUCCGGGUAGCCGAAGGGAGGAGAGUUGUUCCUGGGCUUCCGUCCUGGUUGCCGGCUCCUUAGGUGGGGAACACCUGGAUGCAUCCGAAGCAGGACAUGGAGCCAGUGACCUUUGAAGAUGUGGCCGUGAACUUCACUCUAGGAGAGUGGACUAUGUUGGAUUCUAGUCAAAAGAAGCUCUACAGAGAUGUGAUGAAGGAAACCUUUAUGAACCUGCUCUCCAUAGGGAAAACAGAAGAAGAAGAUAUUGAAGAGGAGUACCAGAAGUAUAAGGGAAACCUGAGAACCCUGGUGGUUGAGAGGCUCAGUAAAUAUGAUCACGGUAGUCAGAAUGGAGAAGCCCACCGACAGAGCCCAGAGCGUAUUGUGAAUGAGAAAAUGCCUCCUGCAAUAACUGACUGUGAAAGAGACUUCAUUGCUCAUUUUUCCUCAGACACACAUGCCAAAGGUCAAACUGUAGAGAAACCAUACCAGUAUCAGGAGCAUAUGGAGAAGGCUUUUAAAUUUAAGAAAUGUUGGAAGGAUUUCACUUAUUCUGAGUUACUUCGAAUGCAUAAAAGUCCUCCUAUGAGACAGAAACCUUAUGAAAGCAAACAAUCUAAUGAAGCCUGUAGGAGUUUCACUUCUGAUCACGAUUAUGAAGGAAAUUGCACCGAAGAGAAAUCAUAUGUUUGUAAACAGUGUGGGAAAGCAUGGAGUGAUUCCUGUAGCCUUCUCUGGCAUGAAAAAAGUCAUAUUCAAGAGAAACGUCACACGUGUAAACAAUGUGGAAAAGCAUUUAGUCGUCCCUCACAACUUCACAAACAUGAAAGAAUCCACACUGGUGAGAAACCUUAUGUUUGUACACACUGUGGAAAAGCCUUCAUUGAUCGUAGAACCUGUUACAAUCAUGAAAGAACUCACACUGGAGUGAAACCCUAUGCUUGUAAACAGUGUGGGAAAGCAUUUCUUCGUUCCUGCCAACUUCUCAUUCACGAAAGAAUUCAUACUGGAGAGAGACCUUUUGUGUGUAAACAUUGUGGAAAGGCUUUCACCUACUCCAGUGCUUGUUAUUAUCAUGAAAGAAUUCACACUGGAGAGAAGCCCUGUGUUUGUAAGCAGUGUGGAAAAGCUUUUAAAUGCUCUGCAUACCUUCACAUUCAUGAAAGAUCUCACAGUGGAGAAAAACCCUAUGUAUGUAAGCAUUGUGGAAAAGCCUUUGCUUAUGCCACUGGAUGUCACAAGCAUGAAAGAAUCCACACUGGAGAGAAACCAUAUAUGUGUGUGCAGUGUGGGAAACUCUUCAGUUUCCCCAGAUCCCUACACAUACAUGAAAGAUCUCACAGUGGAGAAAAACCCUAUGUAUGUAAGCAGUGUGGGAAAUCAUUCACUCAGGGAACUUCUUUGAGAAGACAUGAACGAAUUCACACUGGAGAAAAACCUUAUGUAUGUAAGCAAUGUGGGAAAGCCUUUAUCCAACGUGAUGAUUGUUAUAGUCACGAACGAACUCACACUGGAGAGAAACCAUACAUGUGUGUUCAAUGUGGGAAAACAUUCACUUUUUCUAAAUCCCUUCUAAUACAUGAAAAAAAUCACACUGGAGAAAAACCGUAUAUAUGUAAGCAGUGUGGGAAAGCAUUUACCUGUUCCACUUACCUCCUCAGACAUGAAAGAACUCACAGUGAAAAACUUAGCAGAAGCCACCCUAGACCAAGACCAAGUAUCCUGAAGCUGCGGGAGGGUCGUAGGCGGUUUGCUUUGGCGGCCAUCCCUCCUGCCGACUGCAGGCUCCUAGGAGAGGACACCAGGAUGCGUCACAAGCGGAGAAUGGAGCCAGUGACCUUUGAGGAUGUGGCUGUGAACUUCACUCUAGGAGAGUGGGCUUUGUUGGAUUCUAGUCAAAAGAAGCUCUACAGAGAUGUGAUGACAGAAACCUUUAUGAACCUGAUCUCCAUAGGUAAAACAAAGGAAAAAGAAAACAUUGAAGACAACUACCAAAAUCUCAGGAAAAAUGUGAGAACUCCGGUGAUUGAGAGAAACUGUGACUAUGGAGAUGGCAGUCAGUGUGGAGAAUCCCAGCAGCAGAUUCCAGAGCCUGUUGUUCAAAGAGCCACGCCUCCCGCCAUGACGAUGUCUGAAAACGGUGUGCUUGCCAGAGACAUUAUUGUUCAUUCACCCUCUCGUGUGCACCUCCGAUGCGAAAUUACAGAGAAGCCAUAUGGGUCUCAGGAACAAGUGGAGAAAGCUUUUACACGUGAGAAAUGUUGGAAAGAUUUAACUUAUUCUGAGUUCUUUCAGGCAAAUCAGAGUCCUCCUAGAGAGACAGCCAAUCAAAAUAAGCAAUCUAAUGAAGUCUGUAGGAGUCUCAAUUUCGAUCCGUGUUGUGAGAGAAUUCACACUGGAGAUAAACUCCAUGAAUGGAAGCAAGUGGAGAGAGCCUUCUGGAGGUACAGUUAUGGUCAAAUAUAUAAAAGAAUCACCAUUGGAGAUAAACCAUUUGUGUGCGCGCAGUAUGACGAAACCUUGGUUAAUUCCAGUCACCUUAUUAAACAUGAACUAAUUCACCCCGAAGAGAAGUGUUAUACAUGUAAGCAGUGUGGGAAAGCAUUCAGAUAUUCCUCAUCCCUCCAGAAUCACGAAAGGAUUCAUAGUGGGGAGAGGCCAUAUGUAUGUAAGCAGUGUGGAAAAGCAUUCAUUCGUUCCUAUGACCUUCUCAUCCAUGAAAGAAUUCACAGUGGAGAAAAACCGUACACUUGUGAGCAUUGUGGAAAAGCGUUCACCCAUUACAGUGGCUGGUACAGUCAUGAAAGGAUUCACACCAGAGAGAAACCCUAUGUUUGCACACAGUGUGGGAAAGCGUUUUCGUGUUCUACAUCUUUUCGGAGGCAUGAAAGAAUUCACACCGGUGAGAAACCUUAUAUAUGUAAGCACUGUGGAAAAGCCUUCACCCAUUCCAGUGCUCGUUACAUUCAUGAGAGAAUUCACACCGGAGAGAAACCCUAUGUUUGCAAGCAUUGUGGAAAAGCAUUUCUUCGUGGGAGCCAUCUUCACAACCAUGAGAGAAUUCACACUGGAGAGAAGCCCUAUGUUUGCAAGCAUUGUGGGAAAGCCUUCAUCCAGCGUGACGCUUGUUAUAAUCAUGAAAGAAUUCACACUGGAGAGAAACCAUAUGUAUGUAAGGAAUGUGGGAAAGCCUUCAGGAUUUCCACAUCCCUUCGUGAUCAUGAAAGAAUUCAUACUGGAGAAAAACCUUAUGUAUGUAAUUAUUGUGGGAAAGCAUUUAGGGUUUCCACAUGCCUUCACAAACAUGAAAGAGCUCACCUGGAAAAGAAACCCAGUGGGUAGAGCCUAAAUCCGUGUACGUCAUGUGGAAUUGUCUUUGAUCAACUUGCUGUUGCUGUGGGGUAUGAAAAAGAUAGUGUUGAGGACCAGUGAGAUGGCUCGGGGUAAAAGCGCUUGCCUUCAAGCCUGGUAGAGUGGGAUCCUCAGAAGCCGUGUGAGGAGAGAGAACUGAGUCCCCAAGGUUUUCCUCUGACUUGCACACAUAUGCCAUCGUUUGCAUGCACAAUCUCCCACACAUAUAUAAAAAAAAUGGGAUAGUUUAAAAUGCUUUUUUUUAAAAAAAAAAAAAAUUGGUUUUUCAAGACAGGGUUUCUCUGUGAAGUCCUGUCUGUCCUAGAACUUGCUCUGUAGAACUCAGAAAUCCGCCUGCCUCUGCCUCCUGAGUACUGGGAUUAAAGUCCUGAACCACCACAACCUGGCUUUAAAAUACGUUUUUGCAGUAUUUCCUUAUUUUUUGGUCUUUUUGAGAUGGGAUUUCUCUGUGUAACAGACCUGGCUGUCUUGGAACUCUCUUUGUAGACCAGACUGGCCUCGGACUCACAGAGAUCCUCCUGCUUUUGCCUCCCAAGUGCUGGGAUUAAAACCAUGUGCCACCACCCGACUUUUAUUCUUCAUGACGUGUAGGUGUGUGGGUUUGUGCAUGCGAGGGUUGGGACACGUAGAGGCCAGAGGUGUCAGAUUCCCCUGAAGCUGGAGCGACAGGUGGUUGUGAGCUUCCCAGUGUGAGUGCUGGAAAUCCAGCCGCAUCUGUACCCUGAACUACUGAGCCGUCUUUCCAGCUCUAUAAGAGU